AUGCCCGGCUUUCUUGUACUUGAUAACAACACUAUUACAGAUAUCUUCCUCAAUUUAUCUAAGGACGAUAUCCUCAAGUUCAAAUAUGCGUUUGAGACAACGAUUAGGGAAUUUAUCCUAGGCGCGGAGGGUUCCUUGCAGCCUCAGCCAAAUACGGUCGUUCGUCCAGAAGGGGGGAAGACACUCUUCAGGCCGUUUACUGGACCUAAAAGUGUUGGAGUCAAAAUCGUGACCACACCUCCUCCAAGGCCCGGCGAAAAGCUCCCUCUCGGAGGUAUCAUCACUCUCUCCGACGAAAACGGUGUGCCGUCGGCUAUCUUCAAUGCAGCCGAAAUCACUGGCUUCCGAACCUCUCUCAGCGCCUUAAUUCCCUGGUACUGGAGGAAGCAUACAGAACACAUCGUUGUUCUUGGUGCUGGGAAGCAGGCCCUUUGGCAUACUCGUCUCGCGUUAGCUCUGAGGGGUGACGAGAUCAAAUCAAUUACAAUAUAUAACCGCUCCCAGGAUCGUGCGCAAGAACUAUUACAAACCGUGCAAGCGGAUAAUGACAAAUAUUGGAAGUCUCCCGCACAGUUGGCUGUAUUUGAUUCAUCCUUGGCCGACUCCGAUGAAAAGGUCCGAUUGCUGCUCACAGAGGCAGAUGCGAUCUUCUGUACUCUUCCGACCACUGCACCACUAUUCAAGGUAGACACUAUUUUCUACAAGGAGCGAAAGAGACUCCCUUAUAUUUCAGCUAUUGGUUCCUGGACCCCUGAUAUGACCGAGAUCGGCCCCGAUGUUCUACGCAAAGCUGUUGAGACAGAGCCUAGUUUCAACCCGACUGGUGGAAAGGGUAGUGUUGUGCUCUCGGACGAUGUUCAUGAAGCUACUCUCAAAUCUGGGGAAUUGGUGAAUAGCGAUCUUACUACGGAUGAGUUGCUCAACGUAGGGCAGGUGAUCGAUUGGUUGCGAGGUAAUGGGGAUCUGGAACAGCCGCAGAGGGAACGUCUUGAUAAGUGGCUAGCCGAGGGCUUCGUCGUGCUCAAGGGUAUUGGUAUUAGCACCACUGAUUUGACAUCUGCCGAGGAGAUUCUUCGUGUAGCUAAGGAGAGAGGCCUUGGAACUCUUAUUUCUUCCUUUUAG